UCCCUCCCUCCCUUCCUCCCUCCCUCCCUCCUUCUCCUCGGCUCCGUCGCUCCCGCGGCGCGAGGCGCUCUCUUCUCCUCCGUCGCCGCCACUGCCGCCGCCGCCGCGAGACCCCUGCGCGCCGCGCUACUCCCGCCCUUCGGCCCCACGCUUCCUCCGCCCCGGUGGUCCCUGAGAAGAACGAGAGGGCGAGCGAGCGCGGCACUCCCGGGCCGGCCGGUCUCCUCCCCUCACCAUCGCCGGUCCUCCGCCGCCUUUCUCCGCUUCCACCUUUUCUCCCCCCCCCCCCCCAAGUUGAGGCCCCCCUGGGGGGGGAGGACUGAGACCAGGAGCGAAUUCCCCUAACUCCCUCUACCUCAGCCCUUCCCCCCUUAUCUGGCCCGAGUGUGAGGAGAAGGGCCCGGCCCGCGUCGUGUGUGAGGACACGGGCCGGCCCACGGGCCGUCUUGGGCCUUGUCUGGCCCGCUGGGUGUGUGAAGACUGGGCCCCGGUGCGGCCCGGCUCGAGGGCGAGCCGAGGGGAGGGGCCUGGUCCGGCUCCGCCGGUGCGUGAGGACUGGGGCCCCGGCCCGGCGCCGCCGCCGCCACCGCGAUGGCCCAGCAGCAGAUGACCAGCUCGCAGAAAGCCCUCAUGCUGGAGCUGAAAUCCCUGCAGGAGGAACCGGUGGAAGGCUUCCGGAUCACCCUGGUGGAUGAGUCCGACCUCUACAACUGGGAAGUUGCCAUCUUCGGACCCCCCAACACCCUCUACGAGGGCGGCUACUUCAAGGCGCAUAUUAAAUUUCCUAUUGACUACCCAUAUUCACCACCUACCUUCAGAUUCUUGACCAAAAUGUGGCACCCCAACAUUUAUGAGAAUGGAGAUGUAUGCAUUUCAAUUCUUCAUCCGCCUGUGGAUGACCCACAGAGUGGUGAACUGCCCUCCGAAAGGUGGAAUCCUACUCAAAAUGUCAGGACUAUACUGUUAAGUGUAAUCUCAUUGCUUAAUGAGCCCAACACCUUCUCCCCAGCCAAUGUGGAUGCUUCAGUUAUGUUCAGGAAAUGGAGGGACAGUAAAGGAAAAGACAAAGAAUAUGCUGAAAUCAUUAGGAAACAGGUUUCAGCCACUAAAGCCGAAGCAGAAAAGGAUGGAGUGAAAGUCCCCACCACCCUGGCGGAAUACUGCAUCAAAACUAAAGUGCCUUCCAAUGACAACAGCUCAGAUUUGCUUUAUGACUUGUAUGAUGACGACAUUGAUGAUGAAGAUGAGGAGGAGGAAGAUGCCGACUGUUACGACGAUGAUGAUUCUGGGAACGAGGAGUCGUGACGUGCUCCUUCGAGAAGCCCCUGUACUGCCCUGCCAUCUCAGGCCAAAGGGAGGGGAGCAAUGGGGACCUAGCAGUGGCCCCUCGGCAAAAACCUAUCACAGGGGGUGGGGAAAACAAACACGGCUCCUGCUGACUCCCCUUACGGAUCUCAGUUUGCUCCUUUUUAUGGACCUCUUAAUGGAGAGAAGGUAAUCCUCCACAGAAUGUCUGAAUUCUUGCAUUCUUUACCCUUCCAUCACUGUAUUGAUUCUUUUUUUUCCCCCCCUUCAAACCCAAACCCCUGCCUCACUUCGUCUCCACAAAGUGUUCACAGCAAAACAUGUUUGGUCUGUUUUUAGAUUCUUGAAGAAUUAAAUAGUCUUUCAUCAAGAUGUUUAAUAUGAUUAAAGCUGGGAACCCAUUGGGAGUUCACAAGUGCUGCAUAUGCUGGGUAGCAAAAGAAAAUGGAAAAAAAAAAAGCCUGUAAAACUCCCACAAAACAAACUUUAGAAAAAAUUGCCAAGGUUUAGCUGCUCCAUUUACAUUAGUGUGUGUGCAUUUGUUCAGCCCCAUGGUGGUGAAUUUUAUUUCUUUCUUGUUUUAAAGUCUGGGGUAUGGUGGGCAUCAGGGACUCUGUGUGAAGACUGAUGAAAUGUGUUCCUAAGGGCACAGAGCUCCUUCAGCUUCCAGGAAAUCAUCCUAACACAGAGGCCUCAGCUACUCUGAGGAUAGAAAUCAGAUUUUGGUUUUUGAAAUCGAUUGGGAUCUAAAGCUUGAAAUAAAUAUUCAUACUUUGCAUAGAACUGAGCACUUGAUUGCUAUUUAUUUAAAAGGCAGAGUUCCUCCCCCACCCCCAAGGAGUGGGGAAAGAGUGGGUAUGUGUGUGUGUGUGUGUGUGUGUGUGUGUGUGGUUUUAGUGAUGGCAACAAAGAGUUAAAAAUCACUAUGCUAAUUUUGGUUGAUGCUGCUGGGGGCGGGGGAGAGUAAAAACUACUGGUAACCACUGUUGGGAGAGAAAACAUGUUUUAUAUAUUUAAAAGGGCCUUUCCCUCAAAGAUACACUCUCACCAUGAGGAUUUCUUUAAGUAGCCAGUUUUAAUGACUCUAUUAAUACUAGGUGCAUGUGUUAAGAUUUUGGUUUCCAUUGAGCUAGUGAUAACUGUGGAUAUAUGUGAGACAUGCGUGACCGGUUACCUUUCCUCAUUGGAUGUGAUCUGGACUUUGCUCACCUUUCAAUAUACUCUGGCUGUGGAGCGCAAGCAGAAGUUGUGCAUGGAGCUUGCCAUGGGCUUGUUUUGACAUUUCUGGCAGGGCCAAGGGAGUUGGCAGUGGGCAGUGUCUGGGUGAUGUUAGAGCUUCCUGCCAUGCAAUUGCUGCAGCUUUGAUUUUCCCGAUCUCAAUCAUGUGUUUGUCAAUCAAUUCUGAGAUCCAUCAGCCUUCACCAACCAGGGACUUCAGAACUUGACGGUGAUUUUUGUUUCUUAUGGGAGUUGGCCAGUUUGCCAGUUCAUUACAAGAGCGGUGUUCUUUCAGUGGGGAAAAUCGUUACAAUGUAAAA